GGAAGCGCCUGCUGUUGCGUGUCCCGCCGCUUGGGGUCAGGCAUGUAAACAGAGCAGGGAGGGCGACGCAUGCGGACGGCGCAGAGGAUGAUGGGAGAUUCGGGGCGGUUCCUCUGUGGCCAUUUUCAAACAGCGGCGCUGAGCUGCGCUGUCGAGUGGGUCCGCCGAGUGCAGGAGGGGCGGUUAGGAAACCAAGGAAACAGUUACGCGAGUGACCAAGAUGUUAGAUCCAAUACAAAUACGGCGGCGGGGAGCCGUGGACUUUGGGACCUAUUAUGACUACGCUUGUGCGGCCCAAGACAUGAUCCCGGUCCAAGCUGUCAAGGUACACGUGGGCCAAGGUGUGCUGGACUUCAACGGAGAUCGCAUCAGACUGGCGGACUGGUCGCCGAUACUCAACUCCGUGGCCAUAAACAAACAACUGCACAGCAUCGUCAUCGGCAGCUGCUAUCAGCCCGGUCUCGGAGAACCAGAGAGGUCUCGGGUAUAUAACAGGAAGAAGAUCCCGGCGUUCCGGUCCAAGGACAUGACAUUCCGGCUGUGUAAAGCCAUUCGGGACUGCCUGAGUAUUUCUCCCUGCCUUCGAACACUGAGGCUGCAUGGCCUCCCACUCAGAGAGAGAGACCUGAUCGCCCUCACCAAGGGUCUUGCGAAAAGUUCGUCGUUGGAGAACCUUUCUCUGGCGUACUGUCCAAUAGGAGACGAAGGAUUACAAACAAUCUGCCAGAGUGUGAAGUAUUCCACUUCAAUCAAGACCGUUGAUUUCACCGGCUGUAAUUUAACCUGGCAGGGUGCCGAACACAUGGCCAAUAUCAUCAAGCACCAGGCCACCAGGAGGCGCAGUGACGUUUGGGCAGAGAGCCUGCGCUACAGGAAGCCGGACCUGGAGCACAUGGGCGGGAUCCGCAGGAUCACGCUCAACUGCAACACGCUGAUCGGAGACCGAGGAGCCGCUGCUCUCUCUCAGGAACUGGCAGAGGACCUGUGGGUCAAAGCAGUGGACCUGCAGAAAUGUGGGAUCUCCAAUGAGGGGGCGCAGGCCCUGCUGGAGACGCUGAGCACUAAUAGCACCCUGACUGUGCUAGACCUGCGCAGGAACCCGCUGGUGGACAACAACCUCGUGAAGACCAUCAUCGAGAAGGUCCUCACAAACUCCAAGGGAAACUCUGCUGAGUAUUCCUGGAUCAAGCCUCCAGCACAUAAAGAGUCUCAGAAAGCCAGAGGACAGAAGGGAGCCAGAGGGAAAUCCACCUUCAGAAUCGGCGCUCGAAGAGCCCCCUCUGGUGGUGGCAGGAGUCCUUGCACCCUGCAGCCGCAGAGCCGCCUGGCUGGGGCCAUACCCUGGAGAUCUGCCGGCCGCGCUGGACGCACCAGAGCUCUUACUGAGGGCGUGGCAGAUCACUCAUUCCAGGAGGCAGCUAGUGUGAAGAUCACAGUGGAGAUGGAGUCUGAAUCAGAGGAGAGUAGAACACACACCCCCCCGGUGCUCAGCCCUCGAGAGGCCAUCACAGUGCGCCAGUACAAACGACUACAGGUGGAGCUGGAGGAGUACCGGCUCAGACUGACUGAGGAGCGGAAGGCCAGGGUGCGAGCUGACGCCCGUUUAGCAGAGGUGGAGCUGGAGAACGCUCGGCUGAGGGCGGCGAACGCGUCGCUGUCGGAGGCGCUGCAGGGCCGGGCCGUGGCCAGCGCGCUGGAGGACGACGCCGUGCUGGAGAGCAUCGAGACUUCCUUCCACAAGUUCCACGCCUUCCUGGACCUGCUGAAGGACGCUGGGCUGGGUCAGCUGGCCUCCAUGGCGGGGUUGGAUCAGUCUCAGCUGCAGCCGCCCGGACGACCCCAGUUCUCCUCCACCCUCGGCCCCAACGCAGGGAGAGAUAGCAAGCUGGCAGUAAGAGAAGAGCUCCCUGCUCCUCCUGUGCACCAGCCUGACGGCUCCACAGGGGGCACUGUAACAUCCCCGGCGGACUUCCUGCCGGAAAGAGCUGCACAGGAAGUGUCCGUCAGUCCGCUGGGCGGCUCGGUGGGGAGUGGCCAGCAUUCCUCAGGCUCGGGGGGGAGGCCUGCCGAAGAAUGGGGCGAGCUGCGGGAUCCCCCUCCACUCGAACCCACGGCCCGCUCUGGUGACGGGGAAGACUCCCGCGGCAACGGCUCCCACGGCAACGGCUCCCACGGCAACGGCUCACACGACAACGACUCCCAUAGCAAUGGGUCCCACAGGGACAGCCCCAGCGUGAGAGGGGGGUUGCGGGGGUCCGGAGCGGGGAGGAGCGGGUCCGAAUCGGAGCCCCUGGAGCAGAUCCAUUCCCUGAGCAGCCUGGAGCCCAGCUCCGAUCUGGGGUUUUGAGCCCCGCCCCCUUCACAGGCCUUCCUCAGGCCACGCCCCUCUCUCACUUCUCUCCUCUUAGUGCCUUCUGUUACGAAGGUCCCUACAUGCAGUCAGAAGGCUUUCCCUGGCUAUUUUCCAAACCGGCGAUGCCAGCUCUGGCUUGUUUUCCCAGGUGUGUUUCGCAAUAAAUAAUACCAGUGCAUAUUGUAAGACAGUGCUGCUGUAAUUUGAUUCAGGUAUGCGGUGGUGGUGUGCAUCACUGAAAUUAAGGUCUCAGAACCACAGUAAAAGUCCUGAACUGCGGUGCUGGACCGAACAUUUUUUACUGCUCAUCUAAAUCUUGGGUCCCCAGCCCUGGUCCUGGAGAGCCCCUCGGUCUGCUGUGUUUUGUUUUCCCCCUAAAAUCCACUAAUUCAGACCCAAGAAACUAGGUGAGGUGAGUUACCCAUUUAAGCUACCACAGGAGGAGCAGCAGCAACAAAUCUAGAGACCCUGUAGCUGUCCAGGGCUGUAGUUAGGAAGCCCUGUUCUGAUUCAUUUUUCAGUUUGCGCAGUCCAGUGUACAGUCAUGGAUUGGGAUAAUGAACAAAAUCCAGUUUUGUAAAAUGACACAAUUAAGUAGUGAAUGGUAUGUUGGUUAACGAUGCUGUGAUGUGUGCAUUCAGACACGACCUAGAAAUCCCUGCCUGCAAUUUUCAUUGUGCCAAUAAUAAAAGUGAAAUCACAGACA